AUGCUCAUUCCCUCCCUGAAAGCAAUGAGCCAGUCGACAGAGACGUGGCAAUGCCAAGGCUCGAGCUGCAACCCGAGGUUAACAUCUCCAGUGAAAGUCGUUUCCAAAACCAGCCUUAACACAAACAAGGCUGGUUUUGGAAACGACUUUCACUGGACUAUACAAAUCAGUCCCAGACUAUUCAAUCUGGACUUCACAGAAUGUGGUAAACAGGUGACUUAUCUGCACAUCGCCAUCGGCAAGGAGCAGACACCAUGGAUAGAGAGCCUCCAGAAGUUUCAGCAGAAGGCUCCGAAGCAAACUAAGCAGAAGAAAUCCAAGUCGGCUGAUUUUCUGAUGGUUAAAGAAGACGGAGAAACUACAGAAGGCAUUGGAAAUCCAGCUUUUAAUAUGAGCAGCCCAGACCUCUCAACACACCAGACUUCAAAAGAGAAGGUUACUAGACGUGACAUGCCAGGUCACACCCUUACAGCUCCCCUCCAAAAAUUCAGGCUGCAAGACUCUGCAGAAGCAAAAGGUGUGACUUCAGUCUUGAUUAGCCUCACAUUCAUGCUGCCCUUCUCAUCUGACCUGGGCAUCCUACAGCAGGCACCUGACAUUCCAUUCCCGCAUGCCUGCACAGCUUCUGGGAGGCUCUGCAUGAGGCUCAGAGGGGUGGACAUGUGCUGUCAUUGGGUGCAGGUCAUACACAACCUCAUGGGAAAUGAAUGCAGCAGAAAUUACUUUGACCCACUGAUGGAGGAGGAAAUAAACCCAUGGCAGUGCGCGAUGGAGGUCAGCAGACAGGAUGAAAAGAACAACGAGGAGACAUUUGAUUUGAAAGCACUCCUGAGUUCCAGUAAGAGCCAGGAUACCCACAAAAAAACUAAGGAAACCACUUCUGCUUACAGUGAGGAGCCUAAGAAAGAUGCUCAGAGAGACACCAUUAUGCUUGCAAGGUCUCUACAGGAACAGGAUAUGAAAUUUGAAAGAAAAGGACUCAGCCAGGACAUUCCUCUGUUAUGUUUAAAGCUGGACAAAACAUUGGAGAAAGCUUCAUUCAGUGAGGAUUUGGAUGACUGUAUGAAGGGUGAUGUCAUGGAGCAGCGUUCACUUGCAGAAUUGACUAAAGAAUCCCUAGGCACAGAAGAGGCUUGCCGUAAGGGUGAGCAGUCUCGGUUGCCUGUACAAGUACAGAUCAUAUGCAUCAGAGGCCUCAAGGACAAGGUUCCACAAGGCUCCUACUGCCUCAGAGUGUCCCUGCUGGAUCGGCUGGGGACCUGUGUCUCACAGUGGUGGCAAACAGAGCAGAUGAGAACACACCCAGUGCAUCAUGGUGGCAACUUCUAUGAUGUGGGGCUAUAUUUCCAUGAAAGCCUUUCUGUGGUACUCCCUCAAAGGACAGAUGUGAAGCCUGGCGUGUCAUUCUUGUUUGAACUCUUCAUCCUUCAUGGAAUGUCUGUUUACAAUGACCUUGUCAUGGGCUGGGGAGUCUUUCCUGUAUGUGAUAACAACUUCUGUGUAGUGGAAGGAAAAUUUAAGUGUCCCCUCUUACGAGGACAUUAUGACCAAACACUGGAUAGCUUCAGGAAAAUUGAAGAUUUGAUUUGCCAGGACUUGGACCAGUGGCUGUGCAAUCUAUAUUUUAAGGUAAUUAAACUUCCUCCGCAUUUGAACGAUCAAAAAGGCCAUGAAAGCUACGCUCAGUUUUCCCCUGAAUUUCCUGUGUGCUUAAUGGUGGAAGCAGAAAAAGCAAAAUUAGGUGUGGAGAGCACAGCUGGCCAUCCAGAGAAAGGACCCGAGACAGACAGCUGUGCAUCAGCGGACAGCUUUGUCUGUGCUUCUCAGGGGAGCAUUUCUAAUAAAAUGGAUCCCUGCCCUACGGAUUGUGAUCUCUGUCCCUUCAAAGAAGCUUUCAACUUGCAAUCCUCCUGCCUCAACCUCUCAAGUCAUCCAGUGAAUGAAAAGCCCACUGUGUGGUAUCCAGGAGAACACAAAGAUCAUUCUCAGGACAUUUCUUACUUGGAGGAAUUGGAGAAACAUCGAUUUUCAGUCUGCCGCUCUUCAGUUGCAGACAGCUGUGGAUCUGGAGAACUCACCAAGCAUCUUCACUUUGCAUUGGCGGCUUUGUAUUCAGAGCUCGAAUUAGCUCAGUGGCAAAGCCAGGGCUUUUGGUACAUCAUUCUGCUGAUGGCUUCUCUCUGGUUCCCGAGGCUCUACCUGCAUUACCUGGGCCAGUGGCUUUUCCUCCAGGCCGUUUCAACUCCAGUUACAAAGUUCUAUCUUUACCCCUACACUGCUGAACUUUGCUACCCAACUUCUUCACUUCAUGCUGGAGAAGAGCUGGCUGUGCUGGCGGCUGGGCCUUUAGGUCUGAACACAAUCACAUUUGCUUUACUUCUGAUCAGAUGGGGCUGUCAGCUACUGUUUUCCUCCUGUCCAGACGCCUUGUCACAGUUAAUCACGAUGGUGGGACUGUGGACAAUUCUAGACCCAUUGGCAGUGUUUUUAGUGGAUAUUUUCCUGGGGAGGCUUUCCCAUGGUGAGGAGACUCCUACCGCUGAUGCAGCCAAACUCUACUGGAUGUUGAUAAGCACCAAGCAACCAGCCGUUCUUGGUGUUGUGAUCACAGUGAUACUUUACAUCCUGAUCUUCAUCAUCUCGUUGUUGAUUUUGUAUUUGUAUUGCCUCAGGGUGCACAAUGACUUUUGGGUAUUAGAUGCAUUCCAGAGAAUCCACAGCGAUGAAGCUAAGUUCUUCGUGCCUCACGAUUUGGAGAUUUCCAAUCAGGAGCUGAGUUACAUUGUGAAAAGAUCCAAGCAGUGGAGAGGGAGCGACGGUGAGAGGAGAAAGGUGGCAGUACAUGAUUAUAUCUGCAAAAACCAUGGCACCAAGUCCAGUAUCUCCUGCCGCGACCUCCAACAUCAGAGUGAGAUCUCCUUGUCUGCACUGGGUCCAGGAGGAGUCACUUCGUAUGUUUCUGUAUACACCAUGUAUCCCAGGGGAUUCCAAGAGUUGUAUCGCCAUUUUCUCAGACUCCCAGAUGGUGCCAUCAUUGAGGUGUUUGGAGACAUCAGUACCUUGAAGUUUGCCCCUAGUGAAGUGAUCACAGCCAUCGAGGAACAGAUAAGAGAGACAGACACUGUGCAAGGAGAAUUCUGUGCUGCUGCUCAAGACAAAAGAUAA